AUGGCGGCACCGAUGAAUUCUCCAGUAUUUUAUCUGUUUGUCACCGGCCAAAUUGAGACUGCUUACUUUCCAGAAUUCAAUGACCUAUUCGCUAAAUAUACUUUUGUUUAUGGCCAAGACUGGGUUGUAACAGCGGGACUAGAAGAAGGAAUAACACAAACCACACGUAAGAGUUUCGAUGGCAAGCAACUAUUCAUAUGGAAUUUCCCCUUAAAUAUAACGUUCAAAAGCACUAAUCCAUUUGGAUGGCCUCAGUUGGUGUUGAGCGUUUAUGGUCAGGAUGUUUUUGGUAAUGAUGUGGUCCGUGGAAAUGGAGCAAUUCACAUUCCAAUAUCUCCGGGAAGUCAUGUUCGUGAAGUGCCAAUGUUUGUCCCAGAAUCUUCAUCGCAAUUACAGAAAUUGACUAGCUGGCUCCUAGGUCGAAGACCAGAUUACGUAGAUCCGACAAUAGUAGCUCAAAGUGAAGGAAGAGAAGUAACUCGCGUACGAUCUCAAGGCUCAAUUAAAGUUAUCUUCAAUGUGAAUAUGAUGGAUUUAAGAACUAUGGGCUACGACAAUGGUGCAGGUUCUAGUAUAACUACAAAUGCUACAACGCAAGCCAAUACUACUCUAAAUAUGACAGCAACUACUCCUCGCUGA